AUGAUUCCUAUGGACAAAGAGGAGAGGCAGAAUAGUGAUCAGAGUGGAAGUGUGAGAGGAAGCAAGCGACGAAGGAGAAGGAAUCGGAGGAGGAUAGAAAAUAACGAUUGUUUUGGAUUCAAGAGAGGAGAGGAUUGUAGAGAAACAGAGGAAAUUGUAGAUAAGAAGAGAUCUAUGAAAUUAAGCUUUAGAGUUUCAUUGUUCUUGGUAUUGGCCACGUUUUGGAGUUUGUGUCUCAGGCGGAAUUGGCUCGAUGUUAGAUUGGAGUUCAAGGAGGUCUCCCUCGUUCUCGUUCUCUUCCUUCUUCUUCUCGAACUUCACCUUGGCUCCCUCCAGGGUCUCUCGGUGCUUUACAGCCAUCUCCCUCCAACAUGCGCGAUUAGCUCAACAAACUACGUUGUUCUUCUUGUCUACGAGCACCUGGUUCUCCCGGCUAAGGCACAUGGACUGUGCCAACGCAUUCAAACUCUCCUACUGGAAAGCCGCCAGCUGGUCUCGAGCUCGUUUACACGACUCUCUUGCGAGGUGUGUUUCUUGAGGAGCUUACCCUGGCGAGUUAUCGGCUCAGAUACCACAGAGAGCUCGAAGUUCACCCGGUCGAGCUCCUUCUGCUGGGGUACAGCUCCACUCCUCGUCUUCAGGUGGGUGAUCAGCAUGUUACGCGCUUCCACAGCCCAGAAGAACGGCAAUAACACUUUCCGUUCAAACUAUACCUUUCCGUUUGCAGCAGCCGCCGCAACAUAA